CACCCAUCCUCUCCAAAGCCUCCGCCCUCUUCUUCGAAUCUUUUUCCAAGACGUGCUGAUUACCUCCAAGUAUCCUAUCCCAUCUCUCUGCACCCCAGUCCCUCCAAACCCAGUGCCAUUGUCCGUCUUCAGCAUACGCUGAGCAAUUCAGGCACCCACUUCACUGAUGCACAAGAGACUGUUCUUCGCGCUGCUCAUAACACUCCUCCUCGAGCCAGCGGCCGCAGCCAGCCCAGCAAUGGAUGCUACCCUGCCGCUGGCUCCAAUGGAGUCGACUUACCCCGACCCUGAUGGCAUCCUUGCUGGUAUUUGUGGUCUUUGUAGCAUGCCGCUCGACUGCUGUUCUCAUGCUUUGAAUUCGCAGCCAAUAAUCACAGCCGACACGCUACUAAAUCAUCCCGAAUGGCCUGCCAGCUCCCGGCUAGUGCUAGAGGACUCGCCUGAACCGCAGCCACAGCACCCACGUUCGCCGAUGGAUUCUUCCGAAUCGGUGCCCUUAUACAACGCAUUUCUUCGGCGUCUAGAGUGUGAUUCCACUUCCGUAUCAAGACACACAAUUGAGAUCCAUGUCCACCAUACAUAUCUUCCCGGUGAUCGCAUUGCCCAGCAAGGUGAGAGACGGCCACAUUCACAAAGGAGGCACCCGCCACGGACUGGCGGAUUCCCAUGCUCCUUUGAAGGCUGUGACAAGGCUUUCGAUCGCAGGUGUGAACUCAAUCGUCACCAGAAGAUCCACCUUGAUCGGUCUGAGCGGCCUCACAAGUGUCCCAUAUGCCAUGAGGGGUUCUUAUAUCCCAAAGAUCGCAACCGACAUCAGCGAACCCAUGACCCACUCGCUUCCCCUGGAGCGACCCUUUACUGCCACCUCCCUGGGUGUAAUAAUGUCGACGGCUUCUCGCGCCGUGAUAACUUGCUGCGACACCAACGCAGGCAGCACCCGAAUACGGUGAUCAGCGCAUAGAAAACCUAGGGCUCAUCAUCCUCGGGGGUUCUUGACCCGGCUGCCGGGCGUCGCGUUUGCUCCUCUUCCGUCUCGUUUUGCGACAUGUUCCCGCUGUUCUAACACUCCUUUCUCCUUUCCGACGUGAUGCAUGGUGCCAUCUUACACGCGUAUUUACAUUUGGGCCUAUUCGUUAAUACCCCUUUCUAGCAUGGAAAAGUGUGCUGGCCUUUUGUUGAACUAAUUUGGGUUUCAUGCUCCAUCAGUUUUCCGUUAUGGCUCGCAACCCGUUCACUCUCGCACCGGUCAGUGAUUGGCAAAAUAUCCCAGUUUCCUCUGCCAAGACAGAUUGUUUAUGGCGCCACAAGUGAGAAGGAGGCUGCCGUUUUAUUUCUCUUGGGCUUUACAUACCAGUUGUCUUUACGAGCUUGACUAUACUGCUGGUAAGCCAUUGCCAUCACCGAUUGUUGUGUACGCCAGAGGAAUCACCAAAGAAGACAUUUGUAAAU